UUGGUGGGUGGGUCUGAUCAACAAAACAAAACAUAAGAAACAUUUCUGUGCAUCUUUAAAAAUCAAAAGAUAUCUAUGCAAAUAAAAAGUGUUCAAUGGUCUUGCAAUUUAUGUUUGUCAGUAGUCUAGUUUAGCUUUAAUACAUCACAUCAAUGUGACUCAUUUUAUAUCUAUCAGAAGCUCUACAUUUUUCAAUGAAACUCUGAAUAAUGAAUGCUAAUCCAAAUCAAAGAUUUGGAAAACUAAUAUUUUUCUGUGUUUUUUCGCUUGUUUUUUUUUGAAUUGUUGGUUAUUUUUCGUAUGAGUAAAACUAUAUUUUAUCAGUUUCAGAAAAUUUUUUUUUUGUAAUUGGAACUGUUAAUUUGAAAUUUCCAUCUUAUGAUGUGUUAAGCCCUUGAAAAAAUAAUGAAGCCCUAAAAGUACCGAAGUUUUACGAGCUUGAACAACUCCUAAAAUUUUUUAAUGCUUUAUCUCUAAAUCUACGAAUUCUGAAAACAAUUUUACGUCACCGAAAACAGUUUUUUUCCUAUACAUACAGUAUUUUUCCGCAUUCCGCGACUUCUUCUCCUUCACUCCGCCCAAUUUUUCUCAAUAAAUCCCGCCCAUUUUUGUUUAUCCCGAUUUCAAAGAACACCCAAUUCGUAUGAGUAAACUCAACAGAGAACGAUCGAAAUUUGGUUGUGAGGCUCGCUUGUACAUUGGUUGAUCUUUCUUGUGUGAACAUUGAUGUAUCUGCUGCCUUUUUGUAUAUAAACACAGUGUAUGCACUUAGUCCAUCUUUUUUUCUUCCAAAAAAUACUACGGUUUUUACUUCCUUAACUAAUUACAACUCAAUCAAAUAAGCUAUUUUAGAUGGCUCCACUUUGCUCGGUUUGUGAAUCUCCGACUGCGUAUACACUGCAUUUUGGCGGGCGAUGUUGUAAAGCUUGCGCCGCAUUUUUUCGCAGAACAAUUGCACUUGGCUUAAAAUACGAGUGUUCUUCCACUGAACCUUGUGAGAUCAAUUUUGGAAUGCGAUUGGUUUGUCGAGAAUGUCGAUUGAGGAAAUGUUUUGCGGCGAAUAUGAAACCGGAUUGUGAGUUUUUGUGGGCAGAUUGAACCAAGAAUUAUCCAGAAAAGAGAUUGGAAACACUUUUAUUGAAAUUUCCGAAGUUUUAAAAUUUCGGUGUCUGUGUUUUACUGAAAAUUGAGAACUUCCGGUAAUUUUGAAAUCCUAUGUGAACCAAAACAUUCAUACGUCAUAAAAAGUCUUAAUAACUCAAACAUCCGGGUAUUUCUAGUUCAGCCUAACAAUCUCUCAAAUUCCAGUGGUUCGCUCGAAAAAAGAGAACUUCAUUUGCACCCGACGAAAAGAUUCUCGACAAUCGCCAAUGAGAAAUUCAAUGACACCAGAAGUAGAAAAAGAAGAUGAAUGGAUGUGUAAUCUGAUGGAAGAAAAGCCUGUUAGCUCGGGAUCUUCGUCAUUUGAUAAUGGUUAUUGCUCACCGCAGCCGUGCUCAUCUUCAAACUCAAAUUUCAUCAAUCAACCUGUUAGUUUAGUUGAACUACCUCCAAUUUUAAAUUAUUAUAAAUCGAUGGAAUGUGCUCUGAGUUCUCGGCGUAGAAUUAUGUAUACAAAUACGGCUAUGGAUUAUAUUCUAGACAGUCAUUCUAAUUUAGAAUGUGUAAGUUGAGAUAUUUUAUUUCGGAUGCUGAAACAUCUCAUAUUUUCAGCCAUACUCCCUUUCCGACCUUCGUCCUCAUGAUUACCGUACUUUUCGUGGAAUGUUGAGGCAUGAUUUCGUAAUACUGUUCGAUUAUGCAACAAGGUUUCCAGAAUUCAACACAUUUACCAGCAAUGAGAAGGUAAUACGGUAGUUCAAAUACAUACAUAAAACAAGUUUUUAUAUUACAGAACAUGUUCUACCGUUUGGUGUUGGCUGUUGAUUUCAUUCUAUCGUCGGCACAUUAUUCGAUAGCGUGAGGGUUUUGGGAUUUUUGAAAAAAUAACAAAAAGUGCUUGCAUUUUGGGCUGUCAAUAUUUUCAAACUAUCAAAAAAUAUAUCAAAAUCAGUUCAGUCUCGCCCUUUCCCAAUCAAAACAACCAAUUCUAAUUCCAAUCCCAACUAAAAUAUUAAAAUUUCAGACUAGGCCAAGCUCAUCGUCAAAUGAUUCUACCAAAUGGCGAAUAUCUCUGUAUGGACCCUCUUCCAAUUUCCGGCCAAGAACCAAAUGCUCGAGAAUAUUUCACAAAUGAUGAAGAUUUUUCGAAAUACCGUGCACUUAUGCCGUUGAAUUUAGCGAUUUGGGAAGAAACAAUUCUACCAUUUUCCAGAUUGAAUAUCUCUUUUGAAGAAUUUGUGCUGGUCAAAGCAUUGACAGUUUGGCACGUUAGUGAGUAAGAGGGGCUAUGAGUUAACAGGGAAAUAAACAUGUUCUUUGAAAUAUUUUCAAGAGCCACGUUUUAUCAAAAAUAAUUUCCAGCCUAUUACAAAAUGACUGAAGAAGGCCGACUCAAAUCCCAGCGACAAAGAAACCAAAUAAUCAAUUGUCUUUCUGUUCUUUGCGACCAAAAUGGUGGCGGAGAAAGAAGAGUUGGUGAAAUUCUAAUGAGUAUGAAUUAUAUAAUGGAAAGUGUGCAAAAAUUGACAACCAAUUAUGUGAUGCUCACAUUUUUCGAUGUGCUAAAUUGUGAUUCGAUGCUUCACGAGAUGCUCAACUUCAAGUAUUGA